AUGACAGACCUCUCCAGCAACAAAACCUAUGCCGUGAAGGUCAUUCCUCACAGCCGGGUGGCUAAACCCCACCAGCGGGAGAAGAUCACCAACGAGAUUGAGCUGCACAGGGACUUGCACCACAAGCACAUUGUCAAGUUCUCCCACUACUUUGAGGAUGCAGAGAGCAUCUACAUCUUCCUGGAGCACUGCAGUAGGAAGUCCUUGGCCCACAUCUGGAAGGCUCGCCAUACUCUGCUGGAGCCCGAAGUGCGUUAUUACCUCAAACAGAUCAUCUCAGGCUUGAAAUACCUUCACCUCAAGGGCAUCCUGCACAGAGACCUCAAGCUUGGCAACUUCUUCAUCAAUGAAAACAUGGAGCUGAAAGUGGGAGACUUUGGGCUAGCUGCUUGCCAGGACAUGUCUGACCAGAAGAAAAAGACAAUAUGUGGGACCCCCAACUACUUGGCCCCAGAAGUGCUGCUGAGGCAGGGCCACGGGCCGGAGUACACCCUGCUUUGUGGGAACCCUCCCUUUGAGACCUCCGACCUCAAGGAGACCUACAGGUGUAUCAAGCAGGUGGACUACACCAUCCCUGCCUUCCUCUCCCUGCCUGCCAAGCACCUCAUUGCUGGCAUCCUCAGACGCAACCCCCAGGACCGCCUCACCCUUGAGGAGAUUUUAGAUCACGAGUUCUUCAAGGCCUACACGCCUGAGAAGCUUCCUCCUAGCAGCUGUGUGAUGGCUCCAGAGCUGAGUCCCCCUAACCCAGCAAAGAGUCUCUUUGCUAAAGUCACCAAGACACUUUUUCGGAAGAAGAAGCCUAAGGCUGGUGAGGGCUCCUUGGAGGACAGGGAUGACAUCUCCAAGCUGGUCACUGGACUGAUGAAGACCUCGAUCUGCCGGCAGAUGAGCUAUAAAACCGUGGAAGGGAAUGAGGCCACCCCACUAUCAUGCCGCAGCACCAGCUCUAGCCCCGUGGAGACAGUGAUGGAGGAGACGUCUCACAAGUCUGCGUCCCCCUCCAUCCGGGGGACAAUGGCCAGCAGCUGUGAGGCCUUUGAAGACUGCAUCACUGCCUCUGCCAUCAUUGAGUCGGCUGUCCGGCUUCUGCGGACCUGCCUCUCCUCCAUGCCCCCAGCGGAGAAAAACCCAGCUUCCCUGGCCCGCCAUGAGCACUUUGUCUGGGUGAGCAAGUGGGUGGAUUAUUCCAACAAGUAUGGCUUUGGCUACCAACUCUCCAACCGCAGCAUCGGGGUCCUCUUCAACAACGGCACGCACAUGACACUUUCUCCCAACCACAGGACGGUGCAUUACAACCCAACCAACAGCAAACACCUUGUGUUCUCUGUGACCACCAUCCCCGAGCAGCUGCAGGGACAGAUGAGUGUCCUGCGGUACUUUGCGUCCUACAUGGAGCAGCAUCUCAUGAAGGGAGGUGACCUGCCCAGCAUAGAUGACCUUGGGCAGCCAGCCCUGCUCCUCCUGCAGUGGGUGAAGACUGACCAAGCCUUGCUUAUGCUCUUCAGCAAUGGGACCCUCCAGGUGAACUUCUACAAUGACCACACCAAGGUGAUCAUUAGCAAGCCUGACCACUCCUGCCUUGUCACCUACAUCAACCGGGAGCGCAACUCCUACACCUACAAGCUGUGCAGCAUCCAAGAGCUGGGCUGCUCUCCUGAGCUCCACCACCGCCUCAGAUACAUCCUCAAGCUCCUCCAAGAACGAGUUGACGCCUAG